AGGCCGUGAAGAGGUGUUUCCAGAAUUGUGAGAGGAAGCGAGGAUCACGGUCACUGAUGAUGUUCUCGGGGAGGCCCUGAUGGCGAUCAACAUGGUCGAAGAAGAGUGUGGCGACGUCUUUGGCACUGUGCGAGGUCAUGCAAGGGAUGAAGUGGGCACGUUUGGUCAAGCGGUAGACAAUGACGUAGAUGCAAUCAUGUCCGCGGUCGAUCUUGGGGAGGCCGCACACGAAGUCCAUGGAGAUGKACUGCCACCGAUCGCGGAGCUUGUUGUAAAUGGUSGCGAAGUCUGGGCAGGAGAGAUAUCCUUGGGUGUGAGUGGGCGAGUCCUUGAUGGGGGGGGUCUCGGCGGUGUCGCGGGGGAAAUGUUGGGACAGUACGGCUCCGAUGGUGAAGUUGGAGGCGUCAGUGGUGACAUAGAAAUGGUGAGUGGGGUCGGCAAUCUUGAGGACAAAGGCCGUGGUGAUGGUUUGCUUGACGGAGACAAUAUGGCCGAGGUAUUCGACGCUCGAAAUGGCAAACAUACAUUUGCUGAGCUUGGCGUAGAAUUUUUGCUCUCGGAGGAUCGCGAGGACUUGGCAGAGGUGCUGAAGGUGGAACUCGAAGGUGGGGCUGAAGACAAGGAUGUCAUCAAGGUAGACAACGACGCAGACUUCGAGGAGGUUGCGGAAGAUGUGGUUCAUGGUGGAUUGGAAGGUAGCGGGGGCAUUGGUGAGUCUGAAUGGCAUCAUGAGGAACUCGUAGUGCCCGAACCAAGAGUGGAAGGCAGUCUUGUGAGUGUCCUCCUCGCGGAUACGGAUCUGGUGGAAGCCACUACGAAGGUCGAUCUUGGUAAAGUACUUGGCUCCACGGAGACGAUCAAGGAGCUCGGAAAUCCGAGGUACCUCGAAGAUGGAGCUGGAGCGAUGGCGCCAAAGAUCACCGGCGCGGAUGGGACAUGGCACGCGACGCCUGUUGGCUUGCUGCUGCAUGCGAACUUGAGCCUUUUGCAUAUUCGCGCAAGCUCGAGCCAACAAUUCCCUGUACUUCCGGACGGAAGCAGGAGAGCAAGCGGCGUCAAUGUCGGCUGGUCGUGGGAGGAGAAGGACGGCGAAGAUACGGCCGUUCCAUCCACAGCGGUGCAACUCGAAUGGAGUCACGCCGAUCGCCGGGUGCACCGAAGUGUUGUAGGCGAACUCGAUGUCGGGGAGGCGGUCAACCCAAUCUUUCUGGUGCGGACGGAUGAGCGUACGAAGCAUCAUUUAAGCGGUUUGAUGUGCCCGCUUCGUUUGCCCGUCCGUCUGUGGAUGCCGAGCAGAACUUGGUUUCAUCUUCGUGCCGGACUCCUGCAUGAGAGCAAUCCAAAAUGYCGACAUGAAGCGARUGUCRCGGUCGCUGACUAUGUCUUCCGGUACACCGUGGCCGCAAAUCCAACCAGUGUGCAAGAGGCGUGCCAGCUCGGGAGCCGUGGAGUAGUACUUGCAAGGGAGAAAACGCGCAUACUUACACAAUCGGUCCACAACCGUGAGGAUGCCGUCGUGCCCGAGGCGAUCGCGGGGAAAUGGUCCGAUGACAUCCAUGGCAAUGGAGAAGCCGGGUUCCCGUGGGAUAGGCAUCGGGCGCAAUUCGCCGUAGGGGUUGCGAUUGCGGGGCUUGCUUCGUCGGCAAACUUCGCAAGAGUCGCAAUACCGAGUGACAUCGGUAAUGAGGUCGGGCCAUCGGAAUCGUUGUCGAAGCCGUGCAAUGGUGCGGUUGACUCCGAAAUGGCCGGCGAGUCGCGAGUCAUGAUACUCACCGAGAAGGCGAGUCCGAAGACGACGGUCUCGUGGGACACAAUAAAUCCUUGCCUCUCGAGUGGAGGAGCAAGUACCCAUUGGCAAUGUGAUAGUGGCUGGCCAGCGGGUGAUCCGAAGAUAGCUGCGCGUACAACGUGGCGAAGUCCUAAUCCGACUCAUAUCCGGAUGAAGUCUCGCUUAAGUUCCUCGUCAAAUGCGAAGGCAUGAUGUGUCAUAGCGCAAAGAUCAGGUCUUCGCGAGA